UUACAAGUCUGUCUGAGAGGCCAAGGCUACUAAUUCUUAGUGUUCCAUACUAAGGGAUUCUUUGACUAGGGAGUAAACAUGGGGAGGAGAACUACAUAUUUAGUGAUCCUCCAUAUUUCAUUGAUCUUAUGUGAAAAUGUCUUAUCUCUGCCUACACCAAGAGUUUUAGAAUAUGAUGUGGAUGGUGGAAGGGACAUGGACAUCUUUGAUAUCAAUGAAGAGGCUGGGUUAAACCUGGUGGAGGGGGAUAUUGAGCUUGAUGAGAAACAAGGCCGGAAUUCUAUAAUAGGGGAUCAAUACAGAUGGCCAAAGACUGUUCCCUACUACUUUGAGGAUGACUUGGAGAUCAAUGCAAAAGGUGUUAUCCUGAAGGCCUUUGAACAGUACCGGCUGAAGACCUGUAUCGACUUCAACCCUUGGGAGGGAGAGCAGAACUACAUUUCCAUUUUCAAAGGAAGCGGUUGUUUCUCAUCUGUGGGUAACCAACAUGUGGGGAAACAGAGGUUGUCCAUCGGGACCAAUUGUGACCGCAUUGCGACCAUCGAACACGAAUUCCUCCAUGCACUGGGUUUCUGGCAUGAGCAGUCACGGUCGGACCGCGAUGACUACGUCACCAUCCUGUGGGACCACAUCUCUGAGGGUAAGGAACACAACUUCAACACGUACAAUGACACCAUGUCCAGUUCUCUGGGUGUCCCCUACGACUACGGUUCCAUGAUGCACUACAGUAAGACUGCGUUCAGGAACGGUACCGAGCCCACAAUCGUCACCAAGAUCCCCGCCUUCGCUGAUGUCAUCGGUCAGCGCAUGGAGUUCAGUGAUAAUGACCUGCUCAAGCUACGGCGCCUCUACAACUGCACACGCUCCUCCACUUUCCUGGACACCUGCGACUUUGAGAGGGAGAACAUCUGUGGUAUGAUCCAGGGGCCGGGGGACCAGGCAGAAUGGACAAGGGUGACCCAGGCGCCUGGCGGGCCCAACACGGACUACUCCAACAUGGGCAAAUGCACUGGCUCAGGCUACUUCAUGCACUUGAGCACUGCCACAGGCAAACCAGCAGACACAGCCAGGCUGGAGAGCAGACUGCUCUACCCCAAGAGAAGCUACCAGUGCCUGCAGUUCUUCCUCUACAAUGGUGGUGGCGCCAACGAUCAGCUGGUGAUCCUUGUCCGAGAGUACGAUGAAGCCCACCCCAACGGAACCCUGCGUGUUAUUCAGCCCAUAGUUGCACCACCUCAAGACCUAUGGCAACUGCACCAUGUGAGCCUGAACGUGGUCAAGAAGUUCCGGGUGGUGUUCGAGGGCAUCAAGGGCGACGCCCCCUCCACAGGUGGUCUCUCCCUGGACGACAUCAACCUCUCUGAGACUACCUGCCCCGACCACGUGUGGCGGGUGAAGAACUUCAGCUACAUCAUGGAGACCACUCCUAACGACAAACCCAUCUACAGCCCCCCGUUCAAGUCCAGAGAGGGCUACACCUUCCAGAUGGGGCUCUACCCCAGUGGGAAGGAGGGCUACGCGGGGGAGCUUUCUGCCUACGCCCACCUGGUGACCAUGACCGGUGACACAGAGGUGCGGAAGUGGCCGUGUCCGUGGAAACAGAUGACCAUGAUGCUGUUCGAUCAGAACCCAGACAUCAUGAGGCGUAUGAACAACCAGCGUAGUGUCACCACCGAUCCUACUAAGAAACUCAGUGAGACUUCAGAGACUUCAGAGCUGUUCUUCUGGGAUGACCCUCGUAAGGUGGGCGUUGAAGUGUCAGCGGCGGACGGGACCAAAUAUUUUCGUGGGCCGGGUGCCGGGACAACCGCGUACCUCACCCAUGGCAGGGCCAAGAGCAGGGACUUCAUCAAGGGGGGAGACGCCAUCUUCCUGCUUACCAUGGAGGAUGUGUCACAUCUUACGGUGACCCAGCCCGUACCCUCCUCCACAUUGCCACCAGUCACCACGGUUACCACCGCCAUAUUGCCACCUACUGACCCCUGCACUAAGGUCACAUGUGGGAAUGAGGGCGUCUGUGUGGUGGAUGCUGGAAAUGCUCUUUGCAGGUGUGCAGUUGGUGACGACUGGUGGUACUACGGAGAGAGUUGUCAGUAUCAGGGUUCCACCCAGGACACGAUGACCACAGCGCUUAUAGCCUCUUUCUCUGUGCUGGGUGGCAUGUUGGUGGUGACUGCAGUCAGUGUGGUGUGUGUGAAGAGGAAAAACAAGAACAGCGGAGGUGGAGGAGACCGGGGCAUCACCAUGUCCAAUGUCACCGUCACAGGAAUGUAAUGUUUUUCCCCCUGCCAGAACCAAAACUAUUCAAGGCCAGCAUUAAGUAGAUGAAGUUAACUGCAAAAGCUACAACUCCUUCAAAUAUAAAAUUACAAAAGAUCUACUGGAAAAUCCACUUAAUGUCUCAUCCCAAUAAUUAUCUGCCUAUCAGCCAUGUAAUUUGAUCAGCCUGUUAAUUUGACAUGAUUUGUAGUUUCUUUGUAUGUAAAUCUCCCAACUAUUUUCUUGUGUUAAAUUUGUAUUUAAACACUUGAAAGGGGGACGUGCUCUACCUCUCCCGCACAGGUUAUUUUCAUUUACCUUAACAUCCCAUUUUUUUGUAUUUGUGUGCAAAUUAAAAAAGAAUCAUAAAUAUGCUAUGAAGUGUAUGUAUUGUUCAGGGCAUACGCUACAUUAGUGUUGCGGUCAUGUCAUUUUCAUAUCAGACUCUUAAUAGUUUUAAAUUGAGAUAAUUAUAUCUGAAAUGUUUAUUUUUCUUUAGUUGCAGUCAUGGAAGGGAAGGCAUUAGGGGCAUAAAUAUAAGUGGUUCUAGAGUU